AUUUUAAAGAUUAUACUGGCUUUUGGUAACUACAUGAAUGGCACAAGAAAGAAAGUCGCUGCUGGAUUUAAACUUGAAUCACUGUACAAGGUAGGUUGAGCAAAUGCUUGGUAUAUACCUUUGUCCAAUUCUUUGCUUACAGUAUCAGAACAGUAACUGGGUUAGCUGAAAAUAUGAGUGAGCGUGAAAAUAGUGCUAUUCAAUUGCGACUCAGUGAUCAGACGGUUUCGUUGCCUUUAAAAUAUAUAUUUGUUUAAUCACACUCACCCAUUGUUCGGACUUUUGUUGCUGUAGUGUUUAAGUAAACUCUACUAGUAAAGCUUCUAUUGGGUAGAAAGAAACAUGAUUAGCUCUAUUACUUGUUUUGAAGUUUUUUCCAUUGUUUUUUAUUUCUAGCUUCCUGACGUGAGGUCCACAGAUCGCAAGAUGUCUCUUCUCAAUUUCGUAGUGACCACGGUCAAGACGCAUUUGCCUGAGCUCCACUCAUUCGCUCAAGGACUUGACUUAGAGGACGCUACACAAGGUUUGUGUCUCUUGCUUGGGGCGUGCCUAGAGGAGCGAGGCGGUGGUGGGAGAUGAAGGGACCCUCGCUACCAAUGAGAAGGGCGGAGGGGCAAAUCCCUCCGAAGAGUGGGGGCAAGACCUUUAGAAAUGAAGCUAUUGUUGGAAUUUGAAUGCAAACAGAAUAGUGAAUUUUAUGCAUGACGAAGUUAUUUAAAACUUUAAUUUGGUUUCGUCCAACGUUACAGGUACAUUUGGGAGAACAGUAUUUUACUGAUUGUGACUCCUGUUUAAAUAUAGCUUCUAUUCUAUAACGUAUGAUUUGUGUCCUGAUUAAUUUAACCCAGCACGCAAAACAGUACAAACUCGUUGCUCUGUGGUUAAUUGAACCCUAUUUAUUCGAACUGAUGAUAUGACUAAUUAGUAAUUUAACAAUAUUUUAUCCAGUUAUGCUCUUUCAUACGAUUAGAAGCUAUUUUAAAUUCCCAGGAGCAUAAAAUCUUGUGCUUAACAACAAUUUGAUUUCUAAAGGUCUCGAACACACCCUGUAUAAAGUUCACUUUACGACAGUCUUACACGCGCAAGGUUUAGGCGGUUCAGAAUAUAGAAUUGUGGAUCUUAUAUUACGCUUUCAUUGUUAGUUUCGAAACAAACGCUAAGCAACGACAUUCAAAGUCUGAAGAAAGGAAUUGACUUGACGAAAAAGGAAAGAGAUAAGCAAACUGACAAUUUCGUUUUAUUUGUAUCCUUUUUAAACGCUAUAAAUGCAAAUUCUCAAAGAACCAAUACAAGCUAUCCAUGCAGUAUAUUAUAAAUACUUGGUUCAAUGUCGUUGCUAGAUUUCCUUAAUAUUGAAACAGAGCUUUUACAAUCGAGCGUUCGGUAAGGUUCAAAAAGUGAGCGAGAAAUAUCGUAAAAUGGAGGAAAAGUAUAUCGACGCUUGUCAAAUGUUUGGGGAAGAUGGCAAGAAGAUGGAACCUUCAGAAUUCUUCAAAUAUUUCCAGGAUUUCAUUAAUAUGUACUUUGUAAGUAAUGUGUCGUUAUAUACUUAUUCGUUUAAACACGAUUUUAAUGUAUCAUACACACAUAAAAAUCUCACAACUUGUCAACAAGAUGUGUUCGCAACAGGUUUGUAGCAAGCUUGUCAACAAGAUGUGUUCGCAACAGACUUGUAGCAAGCUUGUCAACAAGAUGUGUUCGCAACAGACUUGUAGCAAGCUUGUCAACAAGUUAUAACAAUGUUGUUAUUUUAUCAAGUUGCUACAAGACUCACAACUUGUUGACGGGUUAUUGAAUUGCAGGACGAUAAGAAGUUGGUUGGAACAACUUGUAACAGGUCUGUUGAAUCAACAACCUUGUAGCAAGUUGUCAACAAGCAGUGCGAACACAUCCUGUUAACAAGUUGUUGGAACAGCAUUGCUACAAAUGGUUUGUUACAAGUUGUGCGUUUUUACGCGUGUUACUGGUAACACACCUCGUGCAAGAAAACUUUCAAGUACAAACGUAAAAACGCACAAGUUGUUACAAAUCUGCAAACAAGUUGUUACAUAUCUGUUCACAAGCUGUCGAGAAGUUGUUUUCGCACUGCCGUAACAAGUUUGGAACAGGCUGUUAACAACUUGUAACAAGCUUGAUGGCAUCACAAUAAUGGCAUCAUAUAUCAAGAAUGUUACAAGGUUGUUCUGACAAGUCUGAUACAGUCAUGAUAUAACAAGAAUGUUACGAGGUUGACGACACAAGGUAUUGUGAUAUCAUGAAUGUAUCGGACUUGUCGGAACAACCUUGCAACAAGUCCGAUAAUAUCAACAAAGUUGUUACAACUGUUAACACGUUGUUCCAAACUUGUUGACAACUUGGGAUAAGCAGUGCGAACACAACUUGUUGACGGCUUGUUGGCAGACUUGCUACAAGAUGUGAAAUUUUUGUGUGUGUAAUCGCUUCCACCUUCCAUUUCAGAAAGCGGAAAAUGAGAACGAUGAACGUAAAAAGCAGGAAGAAGCCCAGCGUCAAGCCGAGAUAAUGAUGAGAAAUCAGAAGAAUAAAGCCAAGACAUUGCCGUCCAUUGAGACAGCUUGGAAUUAUACGAAUGAUUCAGACGCUUAUGAUGAUGAUGAAGACGACGAUGACAGUUCAUCAGGCGGCUCUGAUUCUUCAUGAAGAUUGUCUUUGAUGUGAAAUUAUUUAAGGUGAGAGUUUUAGAAGAGGCUAGGGAUGGAUUCAACAUGAUUUCGUAGGAGUGGGGGGGGGGGUGCGGCUAGGGAUGGAUUCAGCAUGAUCUCGUGGGGGGAAAGGGUGGGGGUACUGACAGAUGCUGGUCAUAUGGUUGGCCACGAUCGAGGUGGGGUGAAUCAUCACUAUCGCCAUGAGUAAAUGGUGUAUUGAUGUGAAACAUUGAUUUUAGAUCUUUCAGGACAGACGCUCAUUUCUCCACUAUAAAUCGGGCCACUUAUCCAUCAGCCUUAAUAUUAUUAACUGUUCACUGCUCCCAAACAGCUAAUUCUACUAGUACGAGGUUUUAUUACAAAGUUUUUAUUUCGUUAAAUAAUUGCAUCCUAUACCAGUAUCUAAAUAUGUGCGUGCAUUGUCAACGACCACAUUUAUUCUCAAAGAAUUCCAGCGCGACAUUUCGUGUUAUCUUUUACUUCUCAUUCCGAUCAAAGCAUUCUUGAUUCUGUCUUCGACAGAAAGAUCUGCAGCUAAAAUGUGGAACCUGACAAAAAAUAAACAAUACGCAGGAUUAAAAAUUUACCAGACUUUAACAUUGCAUAUACAUUGCAUUUUACGCGCAAUGAUGGAAAGAUUUAAACGAAGCUUAGCUCAAUUGCUCAAAAUUGAAGCUUUCAAAAUUGUAGUCCAAGAAAGUUUAAGACUGGUUUAUACUGUUAAAGUUUCUGUGAUCACAGUAGGAAUUUUGCAUAGGUAAAUUUUAAGUUUUGAAGGAUUUGUAAGAAGUGUUUGAGGGAACUAACUCGGUGUUAAACACUAAGUCAGUUCCCUCAAACAUUUCUUAUAAAUCCUUCAAAACUUAGAAUUUACCCAUGCAAAAUUCCUACUGUGAUCACAGAAACUCUGACAGUGUCAACCAGCUUUUAGAUCAACAUACUGUACAUGCUCUCUCAGUUCGCUCAUCAUAUUUUAAUUUUUUUAGAUGAAACAUUGAAUAUUUAAGAAAUGGGAGAAAAUGUCAUGGUGAAUGAGGAGACUGGUGAAUCUGAAAGAGGGACAAUUCAACGACUAAUGCGCAAGGUAAAAUUUAGGAACAACAAGACCAAUAGGCGAAACUUUGAACACACACUCUAUUGAAUAAAACAUCCGUACGUUACGCACCAAAAUUUUUAAAAACGCUAUUUAGUGUACAUAAUUUAAUAGAUAUUUUGUAUAUUUUAUAAAUGGACAAGGAAGGAAAUAGUAUUUCGCUAAGAUUGGUUUGAACAUGACCAAUUGUUUGUCGCAAUUAAACCAAAUGGAUUUGUUAUUGUAUCUUCAGUGGUUCUUGUAUACAUAUAGUUAGUAGAAUAAGGUCAGGAAACUCGAUUAAAUUAUAGACCUCAUUAUCUAUGCAAGGAAUGGUCGGUUCAUCGUCACGUGUGUAUUGUUUUUUCGCCCAACCAAUAGCAGGGUGUUGGUUUAACAGACCCUUCCAAGGUUAACGACGCCAUAAUGAAACACAAUAGUGCAAGGGGUGCAAACACAAUGGUGAAAACAAUAGAUUCAAGAUGGCGGAAAAUACCCUUCCAAGCCUAUUACCCAGUCGUGCUAUUAUAAUACAGUGGUUAAAUGAAAGCAUAGCUACUGGUGGCUCUAGGACGAGUGCUUUCAGGCUUUUGACUCAAAUAAUACGUAACUGGAUUGGCAUGGAAAACAGCGGGAUUUUCAAAUCGAUGAAGAGACAAGGGAACAUUUCGAUCACUUGAUUCUGACUGGAUGGCGCUAUGUGUUAUACAAAGCGCAUACUUACUCGUCAUGUUCAGCUUUGAGCAGUUUAUUCACAUUCGAUAUAACUUCGCUUGGUUUAACUUCCAAUGCUUCCAAGAUAUUGAACAGAUAUUCUAUAACAAGGAAAGCAAAAUAUGUUGAAGCUAGCAAAGCUCAGAAGCGAGUUAGUGGUAUACUUGAAAGGUAAGACUAAAACGCUGUAAAACGCGUUUGGUGUGUUUCAGUACAAGUGUUGCGGUCUAGCAAAUGGGGAACAAGUUAAUUGAACUACAAUUCUUUCUGAAAUUCAACUUUAUAAAACAUAUCAGCUUACCGAUAUCAGCUACGAGUUGUUUACUCGCAAAGACCGUCAGCUCUGGGAUACGUAAGAUACUUUCAACAUAAGUAUGCAUGGUCGCCUGAGCAACGGAGCUUAACCAUUUUGAGGCAGGGUCUUGCUCUUCGCCUGUAUCUAUGUUAUAAGAAGCGACAUAAUAAAUUAAAGUUGUAUAAACUAACUUUUAUACUAAAUAGCUCCAUCAAUCCUGAACUGUUCUCCGCAGGAAAAUAUUCGUCCAUUUAGUGUAACUACAGGAGGAAACUGGAAAAACUUGAAAAACAUACACUGUUUGGUGAUGUCAUACUGCCAGUUCGGCAAAGGGUUAGAGUUUAAUUUACCUCGUGAAAAUUGUAGUUUGCCAGCUUUAAGCGCUGUUUCCAAAGCAGGAUUAUCUUGAACCAUAAACAAUUCCAGUUGAUGAGGCAGAGUGAGGAGAUAGUCGCCAACCUAUUGCA